AUGUGUUGCAUUUGAAAACAGCAAACUUAAUUUACGUCAGCAACCACAACCAGAGUUUCCUGUUCCUUACUAGCUCUCCUCACGUCGCACAGAUGAACAGCACAGAAGGACACGUUCGCUGCUUGGCUGCAAUACUUCAUAAAGGACCAAAAAGAACAUCUUUUCUGAUCAUGAACACAUCAAAUGUCACCACAGAGGACCGGGUUUAUGCUGGGGUCUUUGGCUGCGUGAUGAUGAUAGGUCUGCCUCUCAAUGCAGUUGCACUGUGGAUUCUUCUUCGCCGCCACAGCCUCAAAUCGCCACACGCUGUCUUCAUGGUCAAUCUGGCAUUCUCAGACCUGCUACUCAUCAUCUCUUUACCCAUGAGGAUCUACUUUCAUGCCACCCGUGAAUGGCCUCUGAGCAAUAUGGCGUGCCUCAUCAUCACAAUGCUCUUUCGUGACAACAUCCGUUCCAGCUCUAUGUUUAUCACCUUCAUCAGUGUGGACAGAUUGCUGGCUGUGGUUUAUCCUCUGAGGUCACGCCAUUUAAGAACCUCAUCCAAUGCCUGGAAAGGAGCUGCAUUCGUCUGGAGUUUUAUACUGGUGGUGAAUAUCCCAGAGAGUUUGGACUUUCUAGAACAUUUGCAGGACCACACUCAACCUACCUGUUUUAAAUCUUAUUACUCUUACGAGCCUUUAUUGAGUAAAACUCGAUUAGCAGUUAUUUACCUUCAGAUUGUGUUACUGGUCACAAUGCUAACAGUCAACAUUGUUUGCACCGUUAUGGUGUCUUGGACUCUGCACAGACAUCUCAGUGACUCUGCAAAGGUCAACAACAAGAUGAAAGUUAUGCUGAUCUUUGUCAUGAACUUGGUUUUGUUUGCCAUGUUCUUACCUGUGCCUAUAGGAAUGGCUGCACAUGGCAAAGAAAUCAUGCCGCUGGUAUGUCUUACUGUUUCUAACUGCUGUCUGGAUCCUCUGUUAUAUUACUUUUCUUUUGACUCCUUCUGGAAGAAAAAAGAGAUUUCUAGAUAAAAGACCUGCUAUUUCCAAAAGUUGAUAUUCGAUUUACAAUGGGAUAUAUAUUUUUAAGAGGAACAACCUUUUCCUCUUAAACUCAUCACAAACUUUUCUGUAGUUCAACAAUUUGUAUGGCUUCACCAAUAAACCAACAGUAACAUGUUUGUGAAA